AUGGGUGUGCAACAGAUCAAGUCGUACGAUGAAUUCAAGCAGGUGACCGGCACCGACAAGAUUAUUGUCAUUGACUUUUGGGCAACGUGGUGCGGUCCAUGCAAGAUGAUUGGCCCGAUCUUUGAAAAGAUCGCCGAGACCCCGGCUGGUGAGAAGCUCGGCUUCUAUAAGGUCGACGUCGACGAGCAGAGCCAGAUUGCCAGCGAGGUUGGUAUCCGUGCGAUGCCGACCUUUGCGUUCUUCAAGAAUGGCGAGAAGAUUGAGACGGUGGUGGGUGCCGACCCCUCGAAGCUCCAGGCCGCCAUCAGCAAGUUCGCCGGCGUCUAA